UAUCUCCUUCUCCAUCCAGCGCACAAGAGAGAGAGAGAGAGAGAGAGAGAGAGAGAAGCAGGCAUAUAUGGAAGGUGAGAAGAUGAGUACUAGUUGGAGCAUGAAUAAUAAUAAGGGUGAUGAUCAAGAUCGUGAAGACGAUGUUCCACUACCGGGGUUCAGGUUUCAUCCGACUGAUGAAGAACUUGUUGGGUUCUACUUGCGUCGUAAGAUUGAGAAGAGACCCCUCAGUAUCGACCUUAUCAAACAGGUUGAUAUCUACAAAUACGACCCUUGGGAUCUUCCAAAGGGCACUACUAUGGGAGACAAAGAAUGGUACUUCUUUUGCAAAAGAGGUAGAAAAUACAGAAACAGCAUAAGACCAAAUAGAGUGACUGGGUCUGGGUUCUGGAAGGCAACAGGCAUCGACAGGCCAAUCUAUUCAGCCAACCAAGAAGGCCGUGAAUGCAUUGGACUCAAGAAAUCACUGGUUUACUAUCGCGGGAGUGCCGGAAAGGGGACCAAAACGGAUUGGAUGAUGCAUGAAUUUCGCCUUCCCACUGAUCACGACGAUAAAAGCACCAAACAUGUUGAUGUCAAAAGCAUCGCUCAAGAAGCUGAAGUUUGGACACUAUGCAGAAUCUUCAAGCGAAACACAUCGUACAGAAAGUGCAUACCAGCUGAUUGGAGAGACCAGCAAUCUGCUAAAAGAAGUGUUCAUCCAGUGGAUGCAAGUUCUAAAACCUGCAGCAUGGACUCAAACAGCCACGAAAGUUACAUCGACUUCCGAUCAGCACCCCAAGUAAUUCGACAGAAUCACGACCACCAGCAGAGGAAGAACAACUUUGUUCAUCAUCAUCUCGGUCACACUAAUCAGAUGGUUGUAGGCCAAUUGAGCUCCAUAACUAGUCAAGCUCCCUCAGCUGCGUCGUACUCAAGCUUCUUUAGUCCCGACGUGAAUGAAUUCAUGAAGUAUGGGGAUUGGGGUGAGCUUGGAUCGGUUGUGGAGUUUGCUGCUCCUGAUCAAGCAAUAUUCCAUAUGUGAAAUUACUAACACCGCAUGGGAUUUUAGUGAUCGGUUAUAGGUUUCAUAAUUCGUAAUUUUUAUCACCAGACAGUUAUUUAAUGUGUGCAAUUUCUUUGAUUAUUAUGAAUUUUAGGAGUUUGAAGAUAGUGUUCUUUUUUUUAAUCAAAUUCUGGAAAUUGUGAUACAUAUGUUUAAGUCAGUGUUUUCAAGCUUUGGGCUGCUGCGCUCCCUCGAAUCUUGUUAUUGAAAUCGGGGCAUUGUACGUGUCACCCUAGUUUCUUAAAUUGUUUUACUACAUGGCAUGAAUUUAUACGCAACAAGAUAUUAUAGUA